AUGUCAAACCUUACAAAGCUUGAAUUUACGGCACUUGAUGUAUCUGGAAAAAAUUAUCUGUCAUGGAUACUAGAUGCUAAAAUACAUCUGCAAGCCUCUGGUCAUGAGGACACUAUUAAAGAGGGAAAUAAUGCCUCUACUCAAGAUCGUGCAAAAGCAAUGAUCUUCCUUCGCCAUCAUCUUGAUGAAGGAUUAAAAAAUGAAUAUCUCAGUGAAGAUAAUCCACUUGUUCUCUGGAAUAGUUUAAAAGAACGCUUCGACCAUCAGAAGACUGUAAUUCUUCCAAAAGCUCGUUAUGACUGGAUGCAUUUAAGAUUGCAGGAUUUUAAAAGUGUUAGUGAAUACAAUUCUGCAAUAUUCCGAAUUAGCUCAAAGCUAAAAUUGUGUGGAGAAACAAUUACUGAUGAAGAUUUAUUAGAAAAAACAUUCUCCACUUUUCAUGCAUCUAAUGUGGUACUCCAGCAGCAGUAUCGUGAGAAAGGGUUUAAGAAAUAUUCAGAGCUGAUUUCUUGCCUUCUAGUGGCUGAGCAGAAUAACGAGCUGUUAAUGAAAAAUCAUGCGGCACGACCCACUGGUUCUGCUCCAUUUCCUGAAGUAAAUGCGAGCGCAUAUAGAUCUCCUCGUGGUCGUGGUCGUGGCCGUGGUCGUGGUCGUGGUCAUGGUUAUGGUCGAGGUGGAAAUAAUUACAACCAUGUCGGUUAUAAUAACUCCUUUAAGCAUAAGAAUCACCACCAGAAGUGGGAUAAGAAGGAGGAGAAACAAGAAAACAGAAACAGUGGACAAUACAAACAUCAAGUGAAAAAUGUCGAUAGUAAAUGUUAUCGAUGUGGCAUGACUGGGCAUUGGUCGCGUACCUGUCGUACGCCCAAACAUCUUGUUGAGCUUUACCAAGCUUCCCUCAAGAAAAAUGGAAAGAAUAUAGAAAUAAAUUUUGUUGCUGAUGAUGAUUUUGACCACAGUCUAAUGCAUAAUGACUCUAUAGACAUGACACAUUUAGAUAUUUCUGAUUUUCUUGAGAACAAUAAUAAUGAAAACUAA